AGAGAGAGAAGCUCCCAGUCGGUCCACCCCCGGAGGAAACAUCAGAGAGAGAAGAAGUGAAGUCUUCACUACCAAACAAAAAAAUUAAAAACAAAACAACUAAAACAACAAGAAGAAAAAGACAAGAUGGUGGCCAAACAGAGGAUCCGCAUGGCUAACGAGAAGCACAGCAAGAACAUCACUCAGCGAGGAAACGUGGCCAAGUCAACGAGGAAUAUAUCUGAGGAUAAAGGUGUGGGUCCCUGGCUGCUCGCGCUCUUCAUCUUCGUCGUCUGCGGAUCCGCCAUCUUCCAGAUCAUCCAGAGCAUCAGGAUGGGCAUGUAAAUGAUGUCACCAGCAGGGGGCGGGGCUACAUUGGCGAGCAGCUGAAGAUGGCGACGAAGACGACCUUGUUGCGACCAUCAGCUGGCCGUCAUGUCCCCCCCCGAACUGAACGACCAAAACAUUCCUGAACGUUGACGUCCGUCUGCACUCAUUCCUGGACAGAAGCCCCUCUGAAAAACCGACCCUGCCCCUGAAAACAAGCCGCCGCGCCCCUGGAGAUAAACCAAUCAUCCUUGAAAACCAGCGUGUCUCCUGUUAUCUGUGUUGAUUUAAUGUGUCGCUGCCCGCUGAUCUUCUCACAGUGUUUCUCCAGCCUGUAAACAAGCCAUACAUGUGCCUUUCUCUGUUUACCUGGGCUUUGUCCCCGCCCCCAUUGAUUACACCUUAUCAGUACAGGAUGGGGGGGGGGUCACAGUCCAAACUGCUUGUUUAAACUGCACCAGUGUUGAAUCCAGACAGUCUCUGGAUCCUUCUUCACAUUCCAGAUGUGAGUCUCUGCUCAUCUCACGUCUGUCUUUCUCCUCUUCCUCCUCCUUCUCCUCCUCCUUAGUGGAAAUGAGAUGAAGGUCUUUUGAAUCAGAAGGUUUGGAGGUGCCGACAGGUGUGUCUGCACUGUGUGCAGUUUCACCUGAACAAUCAUGCUCUCAUUAAUAAAGUUUAAUUUUGAAGAUGGA